AGUGUGACCGUUUGUUGACUGCGAGCAUAUGUCACGCGAUAGUACUGUGACACUGUUUUUUGUUGACUUCCAGUUCUCCUUUGACAAAGUAAUGAUUUAAGACGGGUCACAGUAAAUGUUUGAGCGGUACAUAUUAUAUAGGUUCAUGGAGAUCAUUGAAUACAACUGGGACGUUUCAGUCAUAUUAACGGUAAGAUUUGAACUCUCUCUAAUUAAGAAGAAUUGAGUUAGUCAAGAAUGUCUAACAAAAGGGAUGCCAAUGAGAGCACCCCUCUGUUGGACUCUGGGAACAUACCUUCACCACAACCAUCAGUUUUCGAGGGAAGAAGACUAGCAUGUGCAGCCAUCCUGCUAGCUGAAUCAUUAGAAAGGAUUGCUUUCUAUGGCAUCACAUCCAAUCUAGUCCUUUUUCUCAAUGGUAGUCCCUUUUAUUGGCAGGGCACCCAGGCGAGCCAGACACCUCUGUUGUUCAUGGGAGUAACUUACCUGAUUUCACCAUUUGGAGGGUGGUUGGCGGAUGCAUACCUUGGGAAAUUCUGGACAAUUGCUUCAAGUUUGAUCCUAUAUUUUCUUGGCAUGCUAUUUUUCCCUUUCAUCUCAAAUGAAGAUACCAGGACACAGCUAUGUGGAGACGAAGGGGCAUUUCCUGUGCAACCUGCUGAAUGUAUGAGCACAAACAGUACCCUUUCAAGCAAUGUAACCUGCCCCAUCCGUGCCCCAUAUUGUGGCCCGGUGAUCUACAGUGGCCUUUUUUUAAUUGCAUUAGGAGUGGGUACCGUGAAGUCCAACAUCACUCCAUUUGGGGCAGAUCAGGUCAAAGACAGAGGACCCGAGGCCACGCGCCGAUUCUUCAACUGGUUCUACUGGUGCAUCAAUUUGGGAGCUAUCCUGUCUCUGGGAGGUGUGGCCUACAUCCAGCAAAACUACAGUUUUUGGGUUGGCUACAUCAUUCCCACCGUGUGCCUCGGGAUAUCCUUCAUUGUCUUCCUCCUGGGCCGUACUGUCUUCAUCACCAAGCCCGCUGAUGGCAGCGCCUUCACAGACAUGUUCAGGAUCCUGGGCUCUGCAUGCUGCUCCAAGAAACCAAAGGAGCCAAACCUUCUCCGCAACAAGCCAACACUGCUCGACAGUGCCAAAGUUUCCUAUGGAGGAAAAUAUCCAGAAGAGAAAGUAGAAGAAGUGAAAUCCCUGGUGAAAGUUCUCCCAGUUUUCUUUGCUCUUAUCCCAUACUGGACUGUGUACUUCCAGAUGCAGACAACGUACAUCCUGCAGGGCCUCCAUCUGAGGAUUCCUGGUAGUACGUCAGAUGUCACCCCUGGCUCCAAGGUGACGUUCCGCUUCCCUGCAGCCUGGCUCACCAUGUUUGACGCAGUGCUCAUCCUCAUGCUGAUUCCCCUUAAGGACAAAGUGGUGGACCCCAUCCUGAAACGCCGCGGCCUGCUGCCUUCCUCUCUGAAGAGGAUCGCAGUGGGGAUGUUCUUUGUUAUGUUUUCGGCCGUGGCGGCGGGUAUUUUGGAAACAAAACGCCUGGAGAUCAUCAAAUCAAAGGGUACCAUUGACCAGGUGCUUGGCAAUGUUACCUACCACGCUGCAGAUUUACCCAUAUGGUGGCAAGUGCCUCAGUAUGUGCUGAUAGGAAUCAGCGAAAUCUUUGCCAGCAUUGCAGGUCUGGAGUUUGCCUAUUCUGCAGCCCCCAAGUCCAUGCAGAGUGCCAUCAUGGGACUUUUCUUUUUCUUCUCUGGGAUUGGCUCCUUCGUGGGCUCUGGUUUGUUGGCUAUUGUCUCCCUCAAGGCGAUUGGCUGGAUGUCAUCCCACAAAGACUUUGGUAACAUCAACGACUGCUCUCUGCACUAUUACUUCUUCCUCCUGGCAGGGAUCCAGGGUGUCACCUUGUUGGUCUUUCUUAUCGUCUCUUUUAAGUAUGAAAGGCAGAGGGGUCGGACAGGAAGCCAAAGGCAGAGACACACUUCCUCUUGACCUGUCCCCCAUGUCCUCUUCACCAAAGCUGCCUUUUGCAUCAUAUCGCUCGGUGCCCAAAGACCCUGUCGAAUAGGUACUUACUAAUUUACUCCCACUAGUUUGGUUCACCUUCCAGUUACAAAUUGUCAUGACUAUAUUUCGUGUUUAUGUUUACUCAAGCUUUUAAGAGGAGACUCUUUUUGAAUCUAUCACUGGAUGAACGCACAGGAACCACUGAACAUAAUGAAUUCAGGAGCCAUGUUUGAAUCUUCUCUACUGUACUCCUUUACUCCGGUUUGUUUACUCUUGCUGCCUUUUUUGUUGUUGAUCAUUUGCACUUUUGGAGUGGUGCCAUAACACAAAUGUGAUAUCUAGAUAUUUUCUAAUCAUGAAAAAUGCUCAGUUUUUAUAGUUGGAUUUUUACGUUUCCUUUUCUAACAGUUUUCUUUAUUUUGACUUUUGCUAACAAUUUGCCUGACCCUGAUACACCAGGGUUAAAAUGAUCUCUAGACUAACAUCCAGUCGGACAUGUGUGUAUUAAAUGUACUUAGCAUUAUUUUUUUAUUACAAUUACGCCUUUUGGCUUUUUGAUAGCUUUGAAUACCUAUGCAGUUUUAACUCCGAGACUAGUUGUAUGUUUUAAACCAUUGCUAUUAAUGACAGAAUAGGGCUUUGUUUGAGGAGAUCAAUACACUUUAAUUGAUGUAAUCUAUUAUUCAAUUCUAAUAUUGAGAGAAAACAAAUAUGUUACCAGUGCCUGUGAUUACAUAUUGUAAAUCCUUAUGAAUCCCUUCCAUAAAUCCGCUGUAAUUCCUCAAACAGAACCAUACACAUUAAUAUUGAAAACUCCUUGUGAUAAAAAAUACUCCUGUGAAGCUUCAAAGCACUUUUUUGCCUUUCUGGCCAAGCUGCAUGUCCGUUUGACAUUCAACUAAUAGAAAUGAACCUAAAGCUUAAGAGGCCACCUUGAGUCGAGCUCUUAAAAUAUCUCCUGCAUCACAUGCUGGGUUCUAAAUAAAAAGGUGUGUGAUUUACACAAGCAAAUUACAUAUUUGUUUCAUCUUCCCUACAUUUAAAUUCUGUUCCUCGAUAAAUCGUAAUUUCCUUGCAUUUGUUGUCAGGGAUCUUUAACAGUGUUGUCAUGGCUUUGCAGCUUUGCCAGAAAAUCUUAAAAAAUAGGUUUUGUUGUAUUUAUUAGACUGUGAUGCUUUUAGCUUAAUACUGCUCAGAAAAAUGCUGUCUUCUCUUCAUAAUUUUCAGAAUAGGUACUGCAUUUUAUUAACAACAACAAAACUCUCAGGGCUCAGACUGAUAUAACUCUCCAGGAAUUGUACAAUUGCCUUUGGGAGCACAGAACUGUGUUUACCCUGUGGUGUAAAUAAAGUUACAUUUGUAACAGCACAUAAAACGCAGAGAUCUGACUCCUGUUAGUGAUUUCAGUUUGUGUUAAAGGGGUCGUAUAAAUGGCUUUGUUUUAUUGCAUAGUUUAUAUAUACUUGCUUUGUCAUUUCAGUCCUCUCCCUAAAGAUUUGUUAUGUUUAUUUUGGAAUGAUGUUCUGUUUCCUUAAUGCUAUGGAAUUUGAAUUGUGUUGUAUUUGUUGCCAUUAAAGUAUAUUAAAUAAAUAAUUGAGUUUC